AAAGACAUAGGCAGACCAAAUUACAGAAGUGAUGAGAUAUGUGUUGCCUGACUGUGUAUUGUUUUAUUUUAUAUCCUCGAAUGAACAUUCAUAUGGAGUUAUUUUUUGUCGUCUUUUCAUGAGAUAUGCGUUUCAUUCGUUUCCCAGAGUUAAUAAAGAGAGUUUAUGUGGAUACUUUUUGAAUAGUUAAUUGGAUGAGCCCUGCAGAAUCUUUUGGCUAUAUUUAUUGUUUAACAUUAAAGAAAACCAUUGGUUCGGUCACCUUACAGCUGUUCAAAGAAUAAAAGUCUCAAACUCUACCCUAAUUUAUUGGAGAAUUCCCCCGUCUCAGCACAUCUUGGCGCCCAACGUCUGGCAAUAAUGGAGGGUAGAAAAGACUAUAAUCUACGUAGCACGAAAAAAGACGUGGAGGGAACCGUCGAAGGUGCACAAGGCUUGUCUCCAACUCCAAUCCUACUUCAAUCAACGGAACUACCGAACAAUGAGGAGCAAGCUGCUAAUAGAUGUUCGGAAAAUCGUGCCAACAACCACGGAGCAAUAUCCAAACGUAUCGCGGAAUGUCCUCAAACUACCACACCAACAACGGAAAGGUAUCGUUCAACAAGAAGAACUCUCAAUGUAGAACAUCCGGAAAAAAGGUACGAUGCAGAUCCUACAAAUUUUUCUUUUGAUGAAAAUGCCCAUUCUGAUGAUUUUCGUUUUAAACCUCGUCAAAAGAAAGUCAACAUUUUUCAAAAUGAAAUUGUUUAUAACACUAAAUCUUUAAAUGAAUUGAUUACAAAAGUUGUAAGUGAAACCAUAAAUUUAACUUUACAAAAUGUAAAAGGUGAUCUAGCCAAAAAUAUUGAUGCCAAUGAUAAUCAACAUUCUUCAUCUGGAAUUGAUAAUGUUAGUUUAAAGAAAAAAAUUCAUUAUAAUUUGGAUUAUAAUUUCUUUGAAAAUGAAAAUAGUAAACAGGAUGCAUUAACUAACAAAAAUCGCGGGCUAAAAAACAUCCAUUCACGAGUAGACAUAGAUCAUUCAGACAUUGGUAAUAGACUAGGUGAUCGGUCUAGUGGUGUUCAGGCAGCUAACAUUCAGAGUGUACCUGAAAAUAAUAAUGAAAAUUAUUUAAGUCCUAAUUCAUACAUACCUUCUAGACAUAGUGAUGCUAAUGCCUUUGUUAAUAAUUUUUCGAACUUAAGGUUGAAUGAACGGUUGAUAAGCUUGGGUGAUCUGGUAGGUUUACUUCCUAAUUUUGAUGGCGAAGGCUAUGUACAGGCACCAAAUUUUUUACAAAUUCUAGAAAAUGGUAUUGAUUUGAACACAGUUCCUUUUAGUAAUGUGAAAAUUGUGUUAGGUAAAUCGUUUAGAGGAUCAGCAAAGCUUUGGUGGGAAGCAUAUUCAAACUAUUUCAAUUCUUAUGUUCAAUUCAAGAAUGAAUUUUUGGGCCAUUUUUGGGAUCGAAAAAAGCAAUUAAAGGUAAAAGAAAAAUUAGAAAAUAGUGAAUACAUUUCAGGAUCGUUUACUGAUCAUUUCAAUUAUUGGGUGGGUGCCGCUAAAUUUUUGCAACCACCAUAUAGUCCUGCGGAGCUAAUUGAUCUAAUAGCUCCUCAUUUUCCCCCGAAUGUUGCCAGUUCACUAUUAGGCUGUAACAGUUUUUCGGAUGCGGUUUCUAGAUUAAGACAAGCUGACAGAUACUAUAAAAAUGAAUCAACCAAUGUGCGAAAUUCUUCUAAGACUGCUCAUUCUGAGGACAAAAAAGAUUCGUCUGAGGGUGCUCGUUCUAGCAGGUUCACUUCAAACAUCUCGAACAAAUAUUCAGGAAAAAACUAUAACGUUAAAACAGUAUCAGCCUUGGAUACGGAAAUCGAGGAUCAGGGAAACGGGGAUACCCCCCACCAUUAAAAGUGGGGGAAAAAUCAUUUUCGAUCAGUAACAACCCAUUACCGGACUUAUUGCUUGAGGAAUGUGACUUUGAUCAUUCACUAAGUGAUGAUCGAUGUCCAUUGAUUCUAAUUAAUCUGUAUGGUUUUAAAUUCGCUGCACUUGUAGACACGGGCAGUAGAGUAUGUGCCAUCUCUCAAGACACAUGGAACCAAUUAGGAGAAUCACACGGGAUUAUUCCUCAUUUUUCUGUAACAGGAAUAAGAGUAGUUGGAGCUUUCAGAACCAAGCUUCAAAAAGUGACUUUUCAGGCACAAUUAGAUUUCUGUAUACAAUCGGAGCGAUUGAACUUUGAAUUUUUGGUUGUACCAGGUUUAAUUCAUCCUGUGGUUAUUGGUUGUGAUCUGUUGCGGUUUUAUAGGGUUGAUAUUCGACUUUCUGAAAAUGUCCUCGUAUUCAAUUUAGUGAAUGGAAUAUGUGAAGUACCUGAAAUUGACAUUCGUCACAAUAUAGCGACGUCAGAGACGUUGGCACUCUCAUCUUUGAA